UUCAAAACUCCCUACACGUGUAACAAUAUUCAACAAAGUUUAUUUAUUUUAUUAAAUUAUGGGUCGAAAGAUACAAAAUAAGAAAAAAGUCCCUCAACUUGAGAUUGUGCCUAUGGAUGAAAAUCCUCCACUUCCAGCACAGAGAACUUCUGAGGACGUCGUACCCAAAAGAGAAAAAUGGGUAAAUAAGCAGCGUGUUCUAGUUUUUGCUGCUCGAGGUAUUAACCAUCGUGAUCGCCAUCUGCUGCGAGAUAUAAAAAGUCUAAUGCCUCAUCAUCGUCCGGAAUCAAAAAUGGAACGUUCGAAAACGCUAUCUGUAAUUAAUGAAAUGUGUGAAAUGAAGCACUGUAACAAAACAAUAUUAUUCGAAGGACGCCGAAAACGUGAUUUAUAUAUGUGGGUGGCUAAUGCCGCUACAGGACCUUCCGCUAAAUUUCUUGUUGAAAAUAUUCAUACAAUGGCAGAACUGAAAAUGACUGGUAACUGUUUGCGCGGAUCUAGACCAUUAUUAUCAUUCGAUACUAAGUUUGACGAAGUCCCACAUUUGAAGUUAUUGAAAGAAUUGUUCACACAAACAUUCGGUGUACCUAACCAUCAUCCAAAAAGUCAACCUUUUAUAGACCAUGUCUACACUUUUACAUAUCUGGAUCAUCGCAUAUGGUUCAGGAAUUUUCAAAUUCUCUCAGAAGAUGGUGGUUUAGCUGAGAUCGGACCUAGAUUUGUUAUGAAUCCCGUUAAAAUAUUUGAAGGUUCAUUUACUGGCAAUGCUAUUUGGGAAAAUCCAAACUAUAUAAGCCCAUCUCGUCAACGUCAAAUGUUAAAGAAAGCCGCAAAGGAGAGAUAUGUGAACCGUGUAGAACAGAAAGUUCAUCAAGAAGUUAAUAGGCCAAAGGAGGCAUAUGAAGGAUUAGAGUAUGAAGAGUUAUUUGAAAAUGAGGAUGCUAUAACGACAGCAAAGUUUCUAGCGGAGAAAGCCAAGAAAAAGGUGGUUGUGGAUCCAAGUAAAGAAAAACCUUCCAAGUCAGCAUUGACGAAAAAAAUCAAAGAGAAACAACUAAAAGCUGCAGUUGAACUAAUCGCGAAAAAGAAAGCAAAAGUUUCGAAUAAGAAAAAAAUAAAUGAUUUGUAAUAAAAAAUUUAUUUGAUCUUUGUUCUUUAUAAUAGGUUAUUUAGAUAUGGUAAAUAAAUGGAACAUUAUUAAAAAAUA